AUGCAUACAAAUUUCUUGAUUAUUGCGUUCGAUGGCAAAUGGACAGCAGAUUACAAGUACUUGGAUCAUAAAACGAAGCUCCUCCUGAUAAAUGAUGGGACUUCAUUUGAAGAAUUCCUUAGAAAAUUUUUUGAAGUUAUAGAGCUUGACAACAAAAAGUUUCAAGCAAAUGUAUGGCUUAAUAUCAACCUAGGUACUUCUAAGGGAAUAGAAGUGACAAAAGAUGAAGAUCUUAUUAUGUGUAUGAUUCUUUUAAAAAAUGAUCCAUACUAUAAAGAUUCGAAAUUUGUUGUUGAAAUAUCAGAAAAACCAGAUCAACAACUAGAAGAGCACAUUGAAUCACUACAAAGUAUUGAAGGGAGAAAAAGGAAAGGAAAAGGAAAGGCAAAAGAAUCUCCAUCAAUAAUAUUGAAGGAAAAUGCAUCACUGGAUGAUGUAAAACUUGGUUCUGUUUUUCAAGAUAAAAAUGCCAUGAUUAGAUGUUUUUGCUUAGCAGCUAUAAAGGAGCAUUUUGAGUUCUAUGUUAACAGGUCAAGUAACACGAGAUACUCUUUGGUAUGUACUGAUGAAAAGUGUACUUGGACUGUUCGAGGUUCAAGAAUUAAGGAAUCAACACUUUUUAAAAUAGUUAAAUUUCAGAGAACACAUGAGUGCUCAGUUGAUAUUCGAAAAUCAGAUCAAAGGCAAGCAACUUCAAAUGUGAUUAGAGAUUACGUGAUUGACAACUUAAGAGACAUAGCCACUGAGGUAAAACCUAAGUUUAUCAUUUCAGAGAUGAAAAGAGCACAUGGAAUUGAUGUUGGUUAUGGAAAAGCAUGGCAUGCUAUUCAAAAGGGGUUAUCUUUGUUAAGAGGAACAACUGAACACAAUUAUGAGCAGCUGCCAUCAUAUUUGUAUAUGAUGGAACAAAAAAAUCCAGGAUCAUAUACAAAUAUUGUGAGAGAUGAAGAAAACAGGUUUGUUUACAUGUUUUUUAUGUAUGGGGCAUCAAUUUCUGGGUGGAAGUAUUGUAGACCACUGAUUGCUGUUGAUGGAACAUUUCUAAAAAAUAAAUAUAGAGGUGUUCUAUUAGUGGGUGUUACCAAAGAUGCAAAUAACCAGAUUUUACCUAUAGCUUUUGGAGUAGUGGAUAAAGAGAAUAAUGAAUCAUAUGAAUGGUAUUUCAGAGAAUUAAGAAAAGCAAUUGGGAUUCGUAAUGAUUUAAUGUUCUUGUCAGAUCGACACAAGGCUAUUGCAAAUGGAAUUGCAAAGGUUUUCCCUGAGUGCUACCAUGAAAUUUGCAUCUAUCAUUUAGAAAAGAAUCUGNAUGAGAAACACAAAAAAAUAAUUAUAUUACCUUCUUAG